AUGACUCCAGCAGCAGCAAAACUCCUGUUAUCAGCAUCGCUGAAGGUUGUCCGGCUACGGGUGUUUCUGACGAGCAGACCUGAGGUUCCGAUUCGGUACGGCUUCAAUCAAAUACAUGAAGAUGAACACCAAGACUUUGUACUCAAUAGUAUAUCAUCUUCAAUCGUAGAUCGAGACAUCUCUAUUUUCCUAAGGGAAAAACUCGGACUUAUCCGACGGAAAUAUCAGUUCCAGGCUGACUGGCCGGAGGAGAGUGCAAUUACAUCUCUAGUCCGGAGCUCCGAUGGUCUAUUCAUUUGGGCUGCAACAGCCUGUCGAUUCAUCGAACAAGGCGGCCAGCUUGCGCAGGGCCGUUUAUCGCUUCUCUUACACGAAGCCAACGGUACGAUUGAACCAGCACACAAGCUUGAAGAGAUAUACACCACCGUUCUCACCAACUCUAUCCGAGGAGAAUACGACAAAGAAGAAACUCUACGGUUGCGCGAGCUAUUCCGUCAGGUUGUGGGACCAAUUAUUAUUUCUCCAGAGUCUCUAUCCGUGUUAGACCUUGCCGAGAUACUUGGAAAAGAUGUCGAGGCUUUGAAUCGGACCUUAUCCAACUUGCAUUCUGUCCUUUAUGUGCCAGAGGCCAAGUCACUUACCGUUCGUUUGCUCCACCCAUCGUUCCGCGACUUUCUACUUGACCAGAAGAGAUGCUUGAAUCCUCAAUUUUACAUCGAUGAGAAAUUGGUCCAUCGCGAGAUGUAUAUAAACUGUCUUCGAGUAAUUUCAACCCACUUACGGCGCGACAUUUGCAAUCUACAACAUCCAGGAGCCGACAUAUCUAAGCUGAGCAGAAGCGAAGUAGAUAGACAGAUUCAGCCUCAUAUCCAGUACGCAUGUCGGUUCUGGGUCUACCACUAUGAACGAAGCGACGUAGACAUUGAUGGCUAUGACAAUGUUGAAAAGUUCCUCCGAACUCACUUCCUUCAUUGGCUUGAAGCGCUGGCACUGUUAGGCCGUGCCUCUGAUGCGGUAGUUAUGGUUCAUAUGCUGGAUUCGGGAUUAUUGCUGACUUGCAAGAACAAGCGAGAGGAGCCACUUCAGAAGCUAACAAGGCUUGGUGCCAAACUCAAAUCGAUAUUCGCAUUUAAGAUUACACCUGAGAUUCUUUUAGAAACUUCCAAGGAAGCAGCACGGUUAAGUUUGCAUGCGCUAAUACAUGAUGCGGUACGCUUUAUUCUUACUUUUCGACCGGUCCUAGAGAUAGCACCGCUACAAAUCUACUCCGCCGGUCUAAUAUUUAGUCCAAAUGCCAGUAUUAUCAGGAAGAACUUUUCGGAUAAUAUACCACAUUGGGUCUCAUGCGUGUCCGGGUUGUCAGAAAAUCGGAGCCCGCACUUGCAGACGCUCAAGGGCCAUUUAGCCGGGGUUAAAGCCGUAGCCUUCUCCCCGGACAGCAAGAUACUAGCGUCAGCAUCGGCUGAUAAGACGGUCAAGCUGUGGGACGCCGGGUUAGCGAAGUCGCAGCUGCAACAGACACUUAAGGGCCAUUGGGGCAGG